AUGCCUUCGUAUUUUAUCCCACCAGUUGCCAUUAAGCUCGCAGGUGGGUCCGAUGAACAGCUAGCUGAAUUGGAUGUAUUUGAUUUCAAGUCUUUUUUGGCUGCCAUGAAACGCCACGAGGAAAUGACGGAGCCCAAAACUCCGCGCCGUUCUCCACGUCACGAAAAGCCAGACAAUAAUAAAUUCAUCGACACGCCCUCAUCUCCGCAGUUCCAGUCCUCCGUGAAUGCGGACGUAAGUGUUUUUGUCUUUUACGUUUGCUUUACCUUUCACGGUCUACAGGUUUCAGGAAUUUCAUGUAUAAAUGUUUGUAUUCAACUUUGCUGGCAGGCAAAUUGUUCUCCGUAG